AUGAAGGAAAAAGCUCGUCCAAAGUUCAAGCUACCUGCCAUCGCUGAGUACGAUGGUUCGGCAGAUCCCAUCGAUCACCUUGAUGCGUAUCGAGAAUGGGCAGACAUCUACGACAUAAGAGAAGCCAUCAGAUGCAGAGUAUUUUCUUUUACUCUGACUGGCUCGGCGCGCAACUGGUUCCGACAGUUGAAAAGAAAUUCGAUCUCAAGCUUCAAGGAAUUGGCGGAGGCAUUUGUCACCCAAUUCGUCGGAGGGCGGGUUAAAAGCAAACCAGUAACGUACCUACUGACUAUCAAGCAAAAGGCGACGGAGAGUCUCAAAGAAUAUGUAGCUCGGUUCAAUGAAGAGAAGCUACAAGUAGAGGGUUUGACAGAUGCAGUCGCACUGAUAGCCUUUGUGUCUGGUGUGAAAGAUGAACGAUUAGUAUUCUCUUUUGGGAAGAGAACUCCAGGCACUUUCAUGGAGGCUUUAAGCCGAGCCCAGAAGUACAUGAGUGCUGGAGAAUUAAUUCACCUGAGUCGGGACCUUGAAAGAGAACGGGCGAAUUAUAGUACAAAGAGAGAGAGACGGGGAGAAAAGCGACAUAGAUCAAGCUGGGAGAGAUCAGAUAGUGGGCAUGGUCGACUAGUCCAGCGAGACCCUCAACUAAAAUUCGAGAAGUCUAGGAUGUCAAUUAUCGAAGCUUAUGUUGGCAAGGACAAGUAA